CGACGUAGCAAAUGACUGGAGGAGGUCAAGCCUUUCAGUCCACACAUCGAAUCGCAGCGCACAACUAGCCGCGCCUGACUGCCUGUCUAGUGCUGUCCAUCUGUCUAUCUAGCCGUCGGAGAACCGGAGCGAGAUUGCAUGCAAACGCUCGUAGUAGUGAUCACUCCUUCGGUUCUUUAAAACUCAUCAGUAUGCCCGAUGAUUUGCUGCGUCAAGGCCAAUCUCCCGGACAUUCAACUCCCAUGGUAAUCCUCAUGAACCGGUGGUUCUGGACCAACCUGUCGAGAAAAAAACCCGCACCGAAGCCGUUGAGGCGAACAGGCGAACCGCUGGAGAAGACCUGGCAAAAGUUUUUCCAACGCACUCUAAUCCGACCGACUGAGUUCUGGAUCCCAACUGGCCGGCGAAGACCCUGGCGACGAAGUGCUGCUCAAAGACUGGAUCCCAGGGCUUUUUUAGUCUUGAUUUUUUGCCCUUCGAGUCCCCCGAAGAGGCCCAGAUUCUCUGUGGUCCGUGGUUCCAUCCACUCUUGCCUCUUGUCCUUUUCCCCUCUCCCCCUCUUCGUCGCCGUCGUCGUUUUCCUCUUCCCUUCCCUUCCCUUCCCUUUCCCUUCCCUUUCCCUUCCCUCCAUUCCUCCCUGGGGGAUUCCGCUUACUCCUGCACCAUUCCUUUUUGAUAUUUCCAUUCUUCGCUCCUCGAUCUGUGUGUCCUGGAUCCCUUCCUUCCUACUCGCCUUUUUUUUUUGCCCUUUUAAUUCUCCCAACUCCCCGUGGCGCGUCCUGGUUGUCCGCCCGGAACUUCACUACUGUACAAAAUUGCUGCUGCUGCAGCAACAAUUCGGCGACCCCCCCCCUUGAGUCGAGCAGCCCACCUCCAUAUCCGAACAUCACUAUUCUUCCAUCCAUUC